UUUUUUGUAUCUUCAUAGCAAUUGUCGUCGAUUGCAGGUAGUACGGCUACCUGCAGAGUGUGCUCGCGCAUAUAUCGGACAAGAGUUCAAUCAUGUCAAACGCCGCGGUUAUAACUAUUUCUGCCCAUCGCUUCACAGCAACAGAUAACUUUAAGAAACGAGCGUAACAACAUCACAAGGAUGAAAAUCGUUAAAUCUUUCGGAAUAGUCGAGAAAAACAAAAGUUAAUGUAAAUCUCAUACUCGCCGUAGUCGUCGUCAUCGUAUUUGUAUCGCUUUAUCAUCUUCAGUCGUUGAAAGUGCCAAAGAAUCUUAAGAAUUCGAUUUCUGUACUUGAAAGUAGGCUGCCUGCCCUGAAUGUUGUCUCUCGUUUUGAGAACGGAUUGCCGCCGCCAUCGUAUCGGUUUUUGAUGAAUUCGAAUUUAUUGUCGAUUCGAAAUUAACAUACCUACAUACAUGGUCGUCAACGCUCCGCUGGUCAGUCAGUCUUGAUUGCCGUCGCAUAUAUAUAUUUUUUUGUGAAAUUUUCGAAUACGCGUAAGAAAGAAGGAAGGAAGAAUUUAAUUGGAAAUUGUGCUGUUUUAGCAAUAAUACACUGAAAUAAGAUAUAAACGCAAACACACACACGCGAAGCCUCAAAAUUGUUACAAAUUCAAUGAAAGCAAAAAAUUUCAAAAACUGAAAAUGAUAUCGAGUACGCAUAAAAUUGGUGCGACAACUUUUGUAGUGGCGCAGGUUCGUUCGUUUAUCAAAUAUUUGUGGCUAAAAUUCUUAUUGGCCCUAACGCAUCUGCGCAAAUAUCACAGUGGCAUAGAUAAAAUUGUCUAUACGAGAAAAGAUUUAUCACAACAGCAGCAGCAACUGCAUUCCCAGCAACAUCACCAGAGUGGACCUCGCAAAAUACCUGAAGUUAAAGGUUUGCCAUUAGUCGGAACUCUUUUUGAUUUAUUAGCUGCUGGAGCAGCACCCAAACUACACAUCUACAUCGACAAACGUCAUGGACAGUAUGGAGAUAUAUUUCGUGAGCGCUUAGGUGGUACACAAGAUGCCAUAUUUGUGUCAUCAGCAAAUCUAAUGCGUUCGGUAUUUCAGCACGAAGGUUCCUAUCCCAAACACCCACUGCCCGAUGCUUGGAUCCUCUACAAUCAGAAGCACAACUGCCAGAGGGGUUUGUUCUUUAUGGAGGGCGAGGAGUGGUUUCACAAUCGUCGCUUAUUGAGCCGCGUUCUGCUUAGCGGCCAUUUGAAUUGGAUGGAUUGGCAUGUUCGGCAUUGUACCAAUAGGUUAAUAACCAAAUGGAAAGAUGAUUUAGCAAAUGUCAAACAUAGUUCCGGAUACGAGUGCAUGGUCAUAGAUAAUUUGGAGCAACAGCUAUACAGAUGGUCCAUAGAUGUUGUAAUAUCCGUAAUGUUUGGCAGUGUCGCUACCGAAAAAGCCAAUAAAACUCUUCAUUUAGCUGUCACAGAUUUCUCAAAAGUUGUUCACAAAAUAUUCGAAAGUAGUUCACUGCUAAUGAACUUUCCCCCCAAAUUGGCUGAGUAUUUUCGCUUGAAAAUCUGGACGGAUUUUGAGGAUAGCGUAGAGCAGGCUCUAAACAAAGGUUGUGCUAUUAUAGAUAUGUAUUUGGACUUGAGUACAGAAUACCCGGAUGGUCUCUAUGCAAAGCUAAAGGAGGCCGAUACACCUAUGGAUAUGAUCAAGCGUUUGUUUGUGGAUUUGGUGAUAGCUGCAGGUGAUACAACUGCCUAUUCCUCAGCGUGGGCCCUUUAUUUGUUAUCCAAGGAUAGUAAGCUGCAGCAAAAGAUCUAUGAAGAGCACAGCCAUAGCCAUCACGAUUUGCCCUUGGUACGGGGCCUGGUAAAAGAGACCUUAAGACUGUAUCCGGUAGCACCAUUUAUAGGACGUUAUUUACCGGAAGAUGCUAAGAUAGAUAAAUAUCAUAUAAAGAAAGAUUCCUUGGUGUUAUUAUCACUGUAUACGGCAGGGCGUGAUCCUAAACACUUUCCCCAACCGUUGGAGGUUAUGCCAGAACGAUGGUUGCGCGAUGAGCACACCGGCGAUUACAAAGGUGUUUACAAACCCCAUGCCAGUCUUCCCUUUGCCAUAGGCAAUCGUUCGUGUAUAGGCCGUAAAUUGGCUCUCUCCCAAAUGCAGCAUCUAAUAGCAGAGAUAACCAAACAUUUUAAAAUGUGCUGCGAAAACACAACUCCCAUCGAGAGUAUACUACGGAUGGUGACUGUUCCCAAUCAACCUUUAAUACUGGGCUUAUGUCCGCGUAUCACAUAAACUUAAGUAGUUGAUAGUAACAUAUGUGUUGUACAAUAAUCAAAAUCGAUAUUAAGUUUUAAACCUUUUUUGGUUUUUUAUUGUAUUUAGUAGAUGUUUAAAUUUUAAUAAAACUGUAGUCUAGUCGGAAGCAAUGAAAAUUA